GAGGGGGAAGGGAAGCUACACACACACACACACACAGACACGCAAGCAUACUGUGUGUGCAUGUUGAGAAAGAAGGGACUUUAGUCGUGCCGGGACUGAGCCGCCGUCCAGUCCUCUCUCUCCUGUCUCUCUCUCUCUCUGUCUCUCUUGUCUCUCCUGUUUCUCCCUCUCUGUCUCCUUUCUUCCUAGUUUUUUUGGAAGGAAAAAAAAAGAAAAGAAAAAGAAGUGAACUUUUGUGGCUGCGCCCAGUGUUUUUUCUGGCAUUUGUAUUUUUUGUGCGUGUAUGUGCUGUGCUGUGUGCUGUGUUUUGAAGAAGAAGAAGAAGAAGGAGAACACGCCAACGUAUUGUCGCUUUCAAGAGAGAGGGAACACAAGCGGAACAACAACACACCUUUAAAAUUCGAACGACAUUUUGAUUUCGAAUUUUUCGGGUGGUUUUCGUGUUUUUUUCGUGAAAAGAAGAAACGAGAAAAUCAUCGCCGCACCCCCAUUUUUGUUUGGCUUUUUUUUUUGUUUUUUUGGCUUGGCUGUGCGCUGCGCCAGUUUGUUUUGUUUUGCGCUGCCAAGUUGAUGUUUCGAGGUGGCCAAUAACAGGACAUUAUUUCUGUUUUAGCUCUACGCUGUCUGCUGAAAACAAAAGAACAACGCAAAAAGGAAAAGAAAGAAGCCUCUACUCGCUGGCCUUAUUUUCUUUUUGAAAUUAUUUUUAUAUUUUUUCGUUGUUGGGUUGGGUUGGGUUGGUCGAUUAUUUAUCAUCACCACAGCGCCACCAAUCGCCGCGCAUUCGUUUGGUUCAUUUUGCCCCCCCCCCCUCUUCCGCUCUCGCAACUCGUAUGGCCUCUUGUCGACGUUUGAACACACACGAAAAGAAACAAACGACAAGGCAAAUACCAUCGGAAAAAGAAGAAGGAACUCAUUUCGUUUAAAUAGUUUGCCAACCAAUUUGGAUUGGCUGUCCCGCUAGAGAGGAGAGAGGGGUCCUAUUUAGUAAACACAUCACACAUCCACAGGUUUCACUCCCUCCCCUUUUCAUCACUUUGGAUUGUCAUUGAAAGAAAAUUGUUUUGUUUUUUUUGUGCUCCCACUCUGGUUGUUUUGUGAUGUGAAGAAACAACAGUCGCCAUCUGCCGGAUCGUGAUUUGUUAAAAGAAGAAGAAGAAGAAAAGAGACACUACUUGAAUUCACUCUUUGUGUGCGGCUCUUGUCGGACCAUCGAUCCAUCACGCGUGAAGAAGAAGAAGAAGAAGAAGAAUAAAAGGGAAAUUUUUAUUUCCAUCUUCUUCCCUCCCCCCACUUGUCAACAAUUCACGUACAACUUCGUCAGACGUAGAGAAACUUGUUGUGUGAACGCAUUUGUGCUGCAGACAAGCAGAGGAUUGUGUCAACCAUUUCCUGCCCUUUGUGACGUCAUCCUGGCCAACGGUCGUCCCUCCCCUUUGUCUUUGUGCGGUCUCAGUGCGUUCGUGCUUUGACUCGAUUGAUUGAUCGGACAAGCAGAUUUUUAUUUUUUGAUUGACGAGCGAAUCGAAAAGAAAAGAAAAAAAUCAUUUAAAAAAAAGAAAAAAAGGCAGAAAAGUGUGGAUAAUCGAUCAGCAGUGAAACAGAGUGUUUUUUGUAAUCAUCGGCACGACGACGUUCAAUCGGCUAGUGGCCAUCGUCUGCUCGUUUAAGAAGCAAAAACAAACUUUGUUAAAGAAAUCAUUUAAAUAUGGCCGUGGUGAACGUCAAUCUCAAUAACAUGAUCAAUGCCAAAGACUCGCGCUGGCUCCAGCUGGAGGUCUGCCGCGAGUUCCAGCGCUCCAAGUGCUCCCGCUCCGAUUCGGAAUGCAAAUUCGCCCACCCGCCAGCCAACGUUGAGGUGCAGAAUGGACGCGUCAUCGCCUGCUACGACAGUAUCAAGGGCCGGUGCAACCGUGAGAAGCCGCCGUGCAAAUACUUUCACCCACCGCAGCACCUCAAGGACCAGCUGUUGAUCAACGGGCGUAAUCACCUGGCUCUCAAGAACGCGCUGAUGCUUCAAAUGGGCAUGGCGCCGGCUGGCCAGUCUGUUUUACCUGGACAGAUACCCACCAUCGACUACGAGUUUCGGCCGGUGAGAUGUCUGCCGUCUUCCGUUCACGAUUGGUGUGAAAUGUCUGCGUCUCCAUACCUGGGAAUGCCACAGUUGAGUUCGCCCUACAGUCACUACACAAUGAGCGCCAGUCCCAUGCUGCAGGUGGUCUCGCCGGCCGAGGCGGCCGUCAACUCUCAGCUGGGCGUCGUGGCAGCCGCUCAGGCCGGUGGUGCCGGAGGUUACCACGGGGCGCCGGCCAAUAAGCUCCAACGGUCCGACCGCAUCGAGAUGGACGUUUGUCAGAACAACAACCCUUCGACAUCUGGACUCGAUCAACAACAGUUGCAACUUGUUCCGAUGAAUUUAACGAUGGAUAAUGGCAACAUUAUCAACACAGCCGCAACUACCGCCCUGCGCAUGGCCAAGAGACAACGAGAUCCGGUCGAUGAGGAACAUAUUCUUACGAACGAACUCAACAACCAGCUGCCCAGCAGCAACACGACGUUCUAUUUUCCGGCCUAUCCGGGUAUGAUGCAACAAUACAAGCGCUCGGCUGGCGACAAGAACUCGGCCGCUCAGAACAUGGCGGCCGUGUAUCAGCAGCACCAGCAGAGCGCGGCCAACGCGUCGCACCAAGCGGCCAUGACGGCGGCGGCGUACCAAGCGCAGGCCUUGAUGCAGUUGCAGCAGCAGCCUUACGGCGUUCCCGUCUCAUGUGAGUACAACACUCUGGUCACCUCCUCCUCGUCCAACACCACUUCCACCCCCUCCACAACUAGCAAUCAAGCUGUCACAAUCAACAAUCUAGCAGCUACUACUACUACUACCAAUGCUACUUCUACUACUACUACUACUUGUGCUACCACUGCCGCUCCGCUUGCUCCGGCUGCUUCUGGUUUGGUAGCCACGGUGGCGGCAGCAGCGGCGGCAAUUGUCACUAGCCCAUCCUCAUCCUCCUUCCCCGCUACCCUUUCCUCUACCUCUUCAGGAGGUCUCCUUAUCGCAGCCAAUCCAAGUUCUUCUUCUUCUUCUUCUUCUUCUUCUUCCUCCUCUUCCGUUUCUUCUUGUUUGACUACCAACACGACCACGACCAAUAGCUCCUUGUUACACAACCCAAUCGCUUCCAGUGCUUCUUCUUCUUCUUCGUCUUCCUUCAAUUCCAUUUUACCCGCAAUGUCGUCGUCAACUGGUGGUGGUGGUGGUAUCGGCGGCAACAACAACAACAACAAAUUGCCGGCCGGUGGCGGCCUCCUCCAGCCGCCGACCGGUUUGAGUUUAGCCUUGACCAACGGCAAUGCGGCCGCUUACGAAGCGGCCACUUUGGCCGCUCUGACCAAUUUCUCGAACGCCAAACGGGCAGAAGAGAGCGAACGCGCGGCAGCCGAAAUGGAAGCCCUGGCGGCUGCGGCUGCGGCCGAGCAAGAGGACAACCAUUUCGCUCUGUCUGCCAGCUCGUCGUUGUGCAUGAGUAACAACAUCAACAACAACAAUAGCAGCAGCAGCAGCAACAGCAGCAUUAGCGGCUGCAUUAAUAAUAGUAGUCAUGUUAGUACGGGCACGAUUAGUAACAGUCAUGGUAGUAGUAGCAUUAGCAAUCAUUUGGCAUUGGCCGUUGGCGCCGCAGCAUCCGCCCCUUCGGCUAUUUGCUCGUCGGCCGCCCUCACCCCUCUGACCAGUUGCGUUGGCGCCGGCAUCAAACGGCCGCGUUCGCCCAAUUGCACCUCGAGCCAACCGCACCCAAUGUCCUCCUCUGUAGUGUCGCAAUUCUCGCGCAAUUCGCCCGGUCUCCUUUCCUUCCCGCCUUCGUCCACGUCCUCGUCGUCGGUUGGGACGGCAGCUGCUGCCGCAGCGGCUGCGGCGGCCGCGGCCGCCGCUUUGCAUUACUCGGCGUUACAGCCGCAAACGGCUUUGGCCUACACUGGCGUUUCGUUGAAUAAGCAACAACAGCUGGCGCAGCAGCAGCAGCAACAACAACAACACCACCAACAACAACAACAACAGCAGCAGCAGCAGUCACAUCAGUCACAUCAGUCGCAACAGCUCGCCGCCGUCAGCGCUGCCUCAAUGGCUUCCGGUUCGGCCUCGUUUUCACAUCAGAUCCAGACGAGUUUGGCUCAGGCGAUGCAACAGCAAUACCAGCAAUAUCUCAAUCCGUACUAUAGUCUGGCACAGGCGCAGGUGCAGCAACAGGUGACUCCAUCGGCUUUUGCCAAUGCGUCGUACGGCGUCAAUCCGUUCGCAGCAGCCGCCGGAAGCGCCAGCCAUUUGCUGAAUAGCGGACACGCGGCCUUAGGGCUGGCUCUGUCCCACCAUCACGGGCUAGCAGGAGGAGGCCAACUGGGGCAUCAUCAAGGAAUGAAUGCCGGCCAAUUGCCUCAGGCUCAAGCGGUGGCCGCUGCCGCCGCAGCUCAGCAGAUUCAGGCCCAGCAACAGUUGGCAGCCCUCCAGCAGUUGAUGCAGCAAAAUCCGGGGCUGAUGGCCGCCGCCGCUGCCGCUGGUGGCUACCAUCAGCUGUCGGGUGGCCAUCAUCUGGCCGGCUCUGGGCCCGUUGUUGUCGGAGCCAACGUGUCCAAUUCCUCCCAUCAGGCCAAUCAGGCAGCGGGCAGCGCUUUGGUAUCGACUAACGUUCUCAGUGUCAACUACACUGACGAACAAGGCCAAUUACUGGACACCCUCCCGGUUUGCCGCGAUUUUAAGUACGGCGAAUGCAAACGCGCUGCCUGCAAGUACAUCCACCUUCUCGACGAUCAUGUGGAGAUUACAGACAUGCGCGUUACCGUGUGCCGAGAUGCCGUUUCUGGCAAAUGCCUCCGGAAUUCAUGCAAAUUCUAUCACCUUCCUAUCGUGUUGCCUCAUCCGGCCGCCCUCGCCUCGUCCUUGGCUCUGUGAAUCAGUUGCCACAUGCAGAAACAACACACACAAACACACACAGACAAUGCCCAUUUAACAAAAACAAAAAAACAAAAUAUAAAAACAAGAAAAAAAAGAAAAAAAAAAAGGAAAAAAAAAAAAAAAAACAUUAAGCAGAGACAUAAUCUUUGUGCUCUUCUCUUCCAUCAUCUCCAAGUCGCCGACGCUGACACAUUUUCUUUUUCCAUUUCCUUGAACUUUUAUACGGUUCACCUGUGUAUCUUUCCACCUUAAAAAAUCCCAGAUGAUUUAUCUUUCUUUUCAGUUUCUACUCAUCUCUCUCUCUCUCACAUCCCUUACACACACACACACACACACACACACACACAGUCGGUGUAUUUCUCUUCUCUCAAAUCCUCUGGAAGACGUUCUUCGUUUCAAUAUGGUCUCGUGACUCAAGAUCAUCAUUUGUCGUCGACUCUCACGAAAUUUUCUUUCGAUUCUUUCACCUUUCGACGGAUUUCUUUUUGUUUUCCUUUUCUUUUUUUUUUUCUUUUUUCGAGGGGAGGGCUUGUUAUCAUUCUGUUUUGAAGACUUGUCAGCUCGGAAUUCUUCCCUCUUUUUCGGUCCCCUUCCCACUGUCUGUCCAAAUGACUCUGUUUUAUCACGGUACCGGACCAAGUCCGCCUUCACAGAAGAAGAAAACCAAAAUGUUUUGACCAGAGGAUUUUCUAGAUUCGAGGCCAAAUGCUACCAGAUGAAAAUGACAGUCCCGUUGCCUCACCCCUUUUAUUUUUUAUUUUUUUAAUCCGUUUUUGUUUUUUGUUUUUUUUUACAGCCCGGUGAGAAGAACACGCACCCAAGAUAGGAAAAGAGAAUGUGUGUGUAUGUGUGUGUGUGUGUGUAUGUGUAGGUGAGUUCGGAAGUACCUCUUGAAAAGGGGGCGUAUGAAAUUGUCAUCGGACACAAGAGAGAGCGCUUAGAAAAAAAUGCCAUACCCAUUCGAGAGGAAGACAAAAUCAACCCAAUGCAAUUUCUUUUAUUUUUGACAUAUUUCCAUUUUUUUUUUUUUUUCUUUUGUCCUUUAAAUUUAAAACUUUAGAAAACGUCCCUCCCCCUGUUGGCUGGAAGAGAAAGAACUGUUUAGAUGGCGAUGUUUUCGGGAUGUUGUUGUGGUCUAGUCAAGUCCACGGAUUUAAAAGGGUUUAAUGUUUUUCGUGUACGUAGACAUAUCGGCAGUACAGAAAAGAGAUAUUAUCGAGAUGGAUUAUGGGGUCGAGUCGAAAGAAAAAAAUUCGUUUGGUUUUCUAUUUUGUCUCGUCUUUUAUGGGGUAGACUGAGAGACCAUCGUGUGAAACGCAAAAACAAAAUCUCCUUGACAAAAAUGAUAUUUCUCUAUUCAGUUGAACAGAGGGACAAGUGCGGGACAAUCGUUUAUUUGAAAGCGAGUCAAACAGAAAUCAAGCAUGCCCGUUCCUACAAAAAACAAAAAAAAAAAAACAAAAAAACAUAAAACAAAAAAAUAAUCUUUUUAAUGAAAAGUUGUUUUCUUUAAACUUGCGCAGAAGGCCUUCGAACUCCUUACCAAUCGACCACAUGCUGGUGAAAGGAGUCUUGCAAUCACCCCCUUCCUGAGUUGCACGGUUCAAGAAUAACACACACAAAAAAAACAAAUGAGAAAUUUAAAAACCGCUAACUUGGGCUUAAGCCAAUACUGAUUUAGCUGCCCUUCCCUUUUUGUUUUGUUUUUAAAGAAUAUUUCCUUUUUGCGAUUAGGCGGUUCCCGCACGCGUUUUUAAGCCUAUCGCCUGUUUUCAUCGCCCAUACUUGAGACAGCGAAUAUAUAAUAACCCUUUCAGCUCGUUUUCAUUCUUUUUGGCGACGCGUAUCAGCAUCCAUCAACACAGCUUUUGUUUCGAUUUGCAUUCUGAACAGCGCUCUCUUUUUUUCCCCGCAUUAGUUCCAUUUAGAUUUUUUUUUUUUUUUUAUCUUUCUGUGAAUGGGGAACAUUUCAUUUUGUGUCAGAUAAAAGGUGAAUGAAAACAGUCGGAAUUGAACUAGCGAUGCGCUCUGAAUUUUUUUUAAUUCGUUCUUUUUCAAUUGUUACAUCAAAUAGAUAAAAUGCCCUCCUGUUUGUUUCUCUCUUAUACAAGAUUAAUGCUCCCUUUUGACAUUGUAGUCGUUCGCUGUCUCGUUAACCAAAAUCACGUAGCUUAUAUUACUAGUUGAUAGCUUCGCUCGCCCUUAGUAGAGCAUCGUUUCAUCAUGUUCCGAUGUUGUCCGCGCAUCGAACGGUGUUGGGCUAAAUUUUUGCCAUUUUUCUUUUCAACCUCCCAGUUUUACGCUCUCAUUAUCUCUUUUAAUCCUCCCCGUUGAUUAUGCAAUCGAAUGUUACUACGGUUGCAAAGCUUUAUGCUUUUUCUCUACCCCGUUUUUUUUUGUUUUUUUUUUCUCUCGGAGUAUUAUCGGUAAUAUUGUGGACAUUGUUUUGCUCUCCCUCUCUCUCUGGCGGAACUCUUUGCUUGACAACAUGGGAAAACAAUUUUGCGGUUGCGAAUGCGGAUAUUAUUAUUGUUUUUUUUUCUCAUGUAGAAGAACAAUCACACGCAAGGCGCACUUGCUUCAAUGCCCUGCCUCGCACCUCCCACUUUUUUUUUUUGGCUAACGUAACAGUAGAAAUUUUUCAUUGGAACAGGAAACGAAACUUUUUUAAAUUUUUUUAAAUAGUUUAUAUUUUUUUUUUAGUUUUGUUUUGGUUUCUUCGUUUUUAGCCUUUUUUCCGAACGUGCAAAAAACAAAACAAUACGGACAGUUUAGAAUUUUCCUUCUAUUAAAAAAAAGAGAUAAAUAAAAAAAAAAAAAAAAGGCCAACAAAACUUUGAAUCUUUAAAAAACAAAAGAAAAACAAAACAUAUAGAACCGUCAGCAUUCCUACUCGACAAAAAUGUUCGUUUCUCUUAGAAAUUACAAAAUUUUCAGAGGUCGAAAGUUAAAGAAAGACAGCUGAUAGUCGUCUCCUUUUUCAAUUUUUGCGGAGGACAAGAGUUCUUUCGGACUGAGUUGUGAUACGCUCUUUUUUCGACACAUAUAUAUAAAUAUACAUAUAAUAGAAAAAAAAAAGCAAAACAUGUCGUGGUCGGAAGACGUGUUUUAGAAGUCCCACUGAGAGUAAUUCAUAUAGAGUUGAGAAAUAAGCCCAUUUUUUUUUCAAAUAUUAUUAUUUUAUUUUUCAAUCGUGAAGCAACCAUUAUAAUUAUUGUGUAUUGGUUUCCCACACCAAGAGUCUUUUUUUUUCUCAAUUAUUAUUAUUAUUAGACAGAGAGAAAAAAAUGUGUGACGUGUUUUGUUUAUUUUUAUUUUAUUUUUUUUAUUUUUUGUUUCUUCUUAUUCUUCCAUUUCGGAGUUAUUCUUUAUUAUAUACUUGACUCGUGUCUUUGUUAUCAUAAAUAUUGUGUAAGCCAAGUUAAACAUUUUGUCAUCUCAUCAACUAUGAUUCUUUUCCCUACUUGAUAAUUUGUUCUUUAUUUACGGUAAGGCCAGUGGUGCGGUGCAGAUUCUAAAAUGUCAUCGUUUUUAUUUUUAUUAGUUCAUUUUUUUAAAAUUCCCUUCUAAUUUUUUUUUCUCUGUUUUAUUCCUCCUUCCCUUUUCUUCUACACCGCUCUAUGCGCUCUAAAAAUUAUGAUAUUCUCACCCCUUCUCUUAUAUACCCAUCUGUGAAUGGUGGCCAUUUAUAUCCAAAAAAAAAAGAAAUUCUGAUUGAGUAAAAGUUAACUAAAUUUGUGCAAAGUGACCGAUGGAAGAGAGAGAGAGAAAAAAAAAUACUCGUAAGUGAACAAAGAAAAAAGGGCAAACAAGUUAUUUGUGAAUGUUGACACUUCAUCAUGGUUGUUGUUUUGCUGGGUGUGUUCUUUCCCUCCCCUCCCUUUUUUGAUUCAGUGGUGAACCCCGAAACGGUUCAUAGUUCGUUGAAUUAGUUUUUGCGAAAGAAAAGGCAAUUGAAAACAUUUCAAACAUAUUUGAAGUAAUAAAAAGUAAGGGUAAUGAGUGACUCUGUUUCAUCGAACUUAUUUGCAUGCUGAUUGAAAAAACAAAAAUAACAAAUUUUUGUGUCGAGUCCGGAUCGAUAAGUGCUCGUCUUACACGGGAACGAUUAAAUGGCAAUGUGACUACCCACGCCCGUCAUCGUCAUACAUCAUACUCUUAUCCGAACUUCCCUUUCUUCCCUCAUAUUCUCUAUAUCCACCGACACCACACACAAUGUACUCAUUUUUUUUUUCUUUCGGUGAACAACAUGAACAAUUCGAAACAUGUUGGUCUUUCAGUAAGUUCAAGUGUAUUGUGGGCAUGUAAAAAGUAAUACAUUAUCGAAAAAUCAUA